AGCUUCCAAUGAAUCAGAAUGUCAAAAGUGAGGAGGAAGGUUACUGUUGAAAAUUCAAAGACCAUUUCUGAGAGCACGUCUCGUAGACCCAGUGUGUUUGAAAGGCUUGGGCCUAGCACAGGGUCAAGUGCUGAGAUGAAAAAGAGGAGCUGAGUUUGGAAAUGGACCUUACUUCUUAGUUUCCAAAUGUGACAAGAAGUCAUGAAAAUUAAUUUCCUUGGAUGGUGCAGCACUCCGAAUCAAAUUCAUUUUAUGUUCAAAACAAAGAAAAGACACAAUGCCGUAAUUGGAUGAAAACUGGUCUCUGCCCAUAUGGGAACACCUGUAGGUUUACGCAUGGAUCCUCACCCAGAGGUAAAGGAUAUAGUGCCACAUAUAGAAGAUCUCCAGAAAGGCCAACUGGUGAUUUACGAGAGAGAAUGAAGAACAAAAGGCAAGAUGUGGAAUCUGAGCCACAGAAGAGAGCCCAGGAUGAGACUUCAUCCCCAACAAGGAGGGAUACUUCAAGGAGCAGACACAGAGAAAAAGAAGACGCUAACCUGAAAAUUACAAAGGAGCGCACCCCAGAAAGUGAGGAAGAACCGGCUGAUUGGGAAGCAGGCAGGGAUGAUUCUGAUAAUGGAGAUAUUAACUAUGAUUAUGAUCAUGAACUGUCCCUUGAGCUGAAGCGGCAGAAAAUACAGCGGGAACUGAUGAAACUUGAGCAGGAGAACAUGGAAAAAAGAGAGGAAAUAGUCAUCAAGAAGGAGCCCGAAUUGAACAUAUUGUGCCAAACAUUUGGAACAUUUUUACAACAGAUUUCUCCAGAACCAGUGAGAAGUAAGCGCUCCCCAUCUCCAAGAAAGGCAAGCAAAUCUCCUAAGCGUAAAACAAGUCCAAAGUUAUCUUCAUCUGGUAAGAAGGAGAAAAAAGCAUCAAGGUUUUCCUCUCCUGUGGGAGACCAACAAAGAAGAUCUUCAAAAGUGCAGCAUGGUAAAAAGAAAGGGCCUCGUACUCCGAGCCCACCACCCCCUAUUCAUGAAGAGAUUCCAGUAACUAAAAAGCAUAAAGAAAAGCUAAGGGCAAAGGAGAGAACCGAAGAGAAAACCCGAGAGAGUAGAGAAAAAGGAAGGGAUGUAGAAAGACAUAAAGAAAAAAAAGAAAAACACAGGGAUCACUCUGAUAGCCUACAUAGACAGAAGAGGUCUAUAAGCCCCGAGGAACAGUCUGGCAGCACCUCUUCUCGUUCCAGAGAAUAUUCCCCACCGGCAUCAAGGAGAAAAUCAGUCUCUCCAGCUCCACCUAAGUCAACUUCAUCUUCCUCUUCUCGGAAGCAUUCUUUCUCCCCACGUCACAGCAGAUCACCUUCUUCCCAGAGACAACAUCAAACUCCCACAGUAUCUAGACAUCACUCUCCAUCAUCACGCUCCGGUUCACCUGGAACUAGACGAUCGACUUCCCCACACCACAAGCGAUCCACUUCGCCGAGCUACCAUCGUGCUGCAUCUCCUUCUCGAAGACGUUCCCCUUCACCAUAUGCUCCACGUUCUUCAUCGCCGCAUAGAAAGCAGAGUCCAGUAAGACAUAGGUCCUCUGGCAGGGAAAAAAGCAAACAUGAACAAGAAAAAUCGCCAUUACAAGAGCGACGUCGUGAGAAAAGGGAAGAAAGCAGAGGAAAACGGGAACGAGAAAAGGAGAGCAAAGAUAGUCGUGACCAGCGUGAUUAUGAACUGGAUCAGAGUACUCUUCAAGAAAGAGAUGAGCGAACGCACAGGGAAAGCCGUGAUACUAAAAACAGUCGAGAUCGCAAAGAAGUGAAAGACAGCAGUGAGCGCAGAGAGUACAGGGAACCUCGUGAGACUCGUGAUAACAGAGACACCCGAGAUUACAGGGACAGCAAAGACUCUCGAGACCUGAGAGAGCAACGUUCUGCACGCGAUGCUCAUGACUAUAGAGAGAGCAGAGACUCCCAUCGGAAAGAUGAACAGUAUCAUGAGGACCGUAGUUACAGCCGAAGCCAUGGCAGAGAUGAAAAUCCCCGAACUGACUCCAGGGGUGAGAGCAGGAAUGACUCCAGGGGUGAGAGCAGGACUGACUCCAGGAGUGAGAGCAGGAAUGACUCCAGGGGUGAGAGCAGGAAUGACUCCAGGGGUGAGAGCAGGAAUGACUCCAGGGGUGAGAGCAGGAAUGACUCCAGGGGUGAGAGCAGGAAUGACUCCAGGGGUGAGAGCAGGAAUGACUCCAGGGGUGAGAGCAGGAAUGACUCCAGGGGUGAGAGCAGGAAUGACUCCAGGGGUGAGAGCAGGAAUGACUCCAGGAGUGAGAGCAGGAAUGACUCCAGGGGUGAGAGCAGGAAUGACUCCAGGGGUGAGAGCAGGAAUGACUCCAGGAACGAAAGCAAGAAUGACUCCCGGAGCGAGGGCAGGAAUGACUCCAGGAUCGAGGGCAGGACUGACUCCAGGAGCGAGGGCAGGACUGACUCCAGGAGCGAGGGCAGGACUGACUCCAGGAGCGAGGGCAGGACUGACUCCAGGAGCGAGGGCAGGACUGACUCCAGGAGCGAGGGCAGGACUGACUCCAGGAGCGAGGGCAGGACUGACUGCAGGAGCGAGGGCAGGACUGACUGCAGGAGCGAGGGCAGGACUGACUGCAGGAGCGAGGGCAGGACUGACUGCAGGAGCGAGGGCAGGACUGACUGCAGGAGCGAGGGCAGGACUGACUGCAGGAGCGAGGGCAGGACUGACUGCAGGAGCGAGGGCAGGACUGACUGCAGGAGCGAGGGCAGGACUGACUGCAGGAGCGAGGGCAGGACUGACUGCAGGGGCGAGGGCAGGACUGACUCCAGGGGCGAGGGCAGGACUGACUCCAGGGGCGAGGGCAGGACUGACUCCAGGGGCGAGGGCAGGACUGACUCCAGGGGCGAGAGCAGGACUGACUCCAGGGGCGAGGGCAGGACUGACUCCAGGGGCGAGGGCCGGACUGACGCCAGGGGCGAGGGCAGGAUUGACGCCAGGGGCGAGGGCAGGAUUGACGCCAGGGGCGAGGGCAGGAUUGACGCCAGGGGCGAGGGCAGGAUUGACGCCAGGGGCGAGGGCAGGACUGACUCCAGGGUCGAGGGCCGGACUGACUCCAGGGUCGAGGGCAGGAUUGACUCCAGGGGCGAGGGCCGUGUUGACGCCAGGGGCGAGGGCCGUGUUGACGCCAGGGGCGAGGGCCGUGUUGACGCCAGGGGCGAGGGCCGUGUUGACGCCAGGGGCGAGGGCCGUGUUGACGCCAGGGGCGAGAGCAGGGUUGACGCCAGGGGCGAGGGCAGGAAUGACUCCAGGAGCGAGGGCAGGAUUGACGCCAGGAGCGAGGGUAGGAUUGACGCCAGGAGCGAGAGCAGAAUUGACGCAAGGAGCGAGAGCAGGAGUGACGCCAAGAGCGAGAGCAGGAUCGACACCAGGAGUGAUGCCAGAAGUGAGUCCAGAAAUGAAAGGAUUGCCAAGGGGAGAGGGAGAGGAUCAGAUUUAACCGAAAAGGGGAGCCGCGGAACAACUAGAGGCACCCAAUUUGAUACACACAGCACGAGCAGCAGUUACCAUGAAAACUGGGAUACAAGAAGUGGCUACACAGAAAGAGAUCGAUAUGAUCGAGACCAAAGCAGAGAUGCUUCCUUUGAUAGGCGUGCUCAUGCAGAAAGGGAUAGGCGUGAAAAUAGAGAUCGAGAAAGAGAUCACACAGCUAGUUCUGCUACACGACAUCCAGGGCGGACUGAUGAUCAUGAUCAUGAGGACAAAAAAGAUGAGCGGAGAUCAGAUCGAGAAGAGAGGAGGGAUGAUAGGCUAAGGGAAAGAGAACGCGAAAGGGAUCGUGACAAAGAUCGGGACAGAGAGCGAGAAAAGGAAAGAGAGUUAGAUCGAGAGCGGGAACGAGAAAGAGUCCGUGAACGAGAUCGAGAAAAAGAGCGAGAAAAAGAACGGGAGCGUGACAGGGGCAAGGAGAGAGAGCGAGAGCGGGAAAGAGACAGGGAGAGAGACAGAGAAAGAGAAAGGGACAGAGAAAAGGAGAGAGAGAGGGAGAGGAUUAAAGAAAGGGACCGGGAGAGGGAGAAGCAAAAGGACUGGGAUGAGAAGGAUAAAGGAAGAGAUGAACGCAAAGAUAAGAAGGAUGAACUGCGAGAGGAUCGAGAUUUGAGAGAAAGUCAUGGAGAAAGAAAGACAAGAAAACGACCUCGAACUGAAAGCAGUCUCAGUCCAUUGGCAAAGCGUGCCCGUGAGGAAUCUCCUGACAGUGAUACCUACAACAGUAGUGAUGAGAAAGGUGAAAAGCACCGGUUGUUGAGUCAGGUUGUACGCCCACAAGAUUCUCGCUCUCUUAGCCCACCACGUGUCAUUGAAGACAGAACAAGCAACUGGAAAGAGGAUGACAGAAAGUCAGACAAAAAGGAAAGCACGAGGAGGCGUGAAGACCAUACAGUGAGAGAAAGGGUUGCUUCAGGGGACAAGCAAAGGGAGCAUGUUGCAGAUACUGUUGAGAGCUCACGAGGCAGAGAGUCAGACAACACAGUUCACCAUGCUGCUGAGGAUAGAGAGGUACCUCCAGGGCUUCUUGACUAUGGUAAGAAAAAGGCUAAAGGACAGCGAAAAUCUCAGAAGAGAAACAAAAGGGAUGAAGACUAUGUACCUGAAAAAUACAUUCCGGAGCCUGUGGUGGAGGAAACUUUGGUUUUGUCACCCAGGAAGCUUACAAAGAAGAAAAACGUUGAUAAAAAGCGAAAGCGCUCUAAGGGUGAUUCAGAGCCUUCUGAUGAGGAAGCGUUGCCACAAGCCAAAAAGUGGAAGGGGCCCAGGACUCCACCUGUAACACUAAAGGAAGAAUCUGUAGAAGAAGUGUCUGAAAAGAGUGUUGAAGGAAAUGCCCAAGGAGGAGGUGAUGUGGUUUUCAGUGACUGGUCAGAUGGGGAUGUGCCGGAUCGCGAGGAAAGUAUAAUUUCUGACAAGAGUGUCGAUGAAUCUCGAAAGAAAAGUCAUCGAAGUAAGGUGGAGAAAAUAGAACUUCCUACCAUAGCAGACGAUCGUCCACGUAAAACCAACGAACACAAACGAAGCAGCAGCCUUGGCAGUAAUCGAAGCCGGACUUCAAGUCGUUUGCGAUCACCGUCCAAUGAAUCUACCCACCGCAGUGGGGAUGACCAGGGUGGUGGAAGGAGACUGCAGCAUGGAACAUCACGAGAUGGACAGAAAUAUAGAAGUAUUGAGCCUGGUGAACGGAAAUCCCGAAUAGACCAGCUCAGACGGGGGGAACCCAGCCGCAGCACCUCCUCAGAUCGUCAAGAUUCAAGGAGUCACAGUUCUAGACGAAGUUCCCCUGAAUCUGAUCGGCAAGGGCGCUCCAGGGCUGGAUCCUUUGAGAGUAGAGAAAAGCUUCAGGAGAGUGAACAUGACCGAGAUCGAGAACGACGAGAGAGAAGGGAAUGGGAGCGGGAUGGGGAACACCGGGACUGGGUUAAGACCAGGGACAGAAAUAGAGACCGACGAAGAGAGGUCAACAAGGAGAGAGAAAAACCAUCAGCAGAAGUGCCUGAUAAGGAGAAAGAGCGAACUGUAGAAUCUGCUUCCUCAUUGGAACAGCCCCGAGUAGAACCAAGACCAGGAAGAGAACCUGAGAAACAAUUUGAUCAAGUUGAAACUGCAGCUGUAAUAAGCUGUGAAAGAGAUGUAAAGGAACUGGUGAAAGAGCCAGAGAAUGAAGAGAUACAAGCUGAUGAACCCAUUGAUAGCAUUGAAGGUGAGCAAGAUGGGAAAGUAGAUGAUGCACAGUCCUCUGUGUCAGGGCCUUGUGAAGAAUAUGAGCCAAUUAGUGAUGAUGAGCUGGAUGAAAUACUGGCAGAUGAUGCAGGAAAAAGAGAAGAGAACCAGGAUGAAGAAAAAAUAUCAGAUCCCAUGGAUGUGAUUGAUGUUGAUUGGUCAAGCCUAUUGCCCAAGCAGCCCAAAGAGCCCAGGGAGCCUGGAGCUGCUCUGCUAAAAUUCACCCCUGGUGCAAUCUUGCUACGAGCUGGAAUAUCCAGGCGCUUGGCUGGUGCAGAAUUGUUUGCAAAGGUCAAUGAAACUUGCCGAGCCGCCAUGAACAACACUAAAGAUGCAGAAAAUCUUUUUGAACAUGAGCUUGGAGCCCUCAACAUGGCUGCUAUGCAGAGAAAAGAAGAGAGAGCAAGUCUGCUGAGUAAUCUGGGACCCUGCUGUAAAGCACUUUGCUCUCGUAGGGAUCUUGCCAUUCGAAAACAGUUAGUAAGAAAUGAAAAGGGUACAAUCAAACAGAUGUAUACAAAUCAACCAGUGGUGGACAACGAUCUUCUAAGAUCAAGCCUUCGGUUGUUCAAACGGAAGGCAUUGUGUCAUGGCCCUGGACAGGAGAAAAGUGAUGAGACCAAGAUUUCUCGACCAAAGGUUAAACAAGAAGUUUGUGUUACAUAAAUAUUUGGCAAGCAUCAUGGAUUGCUUUUGAUUUUGGUGAAUCUGUAUAUAACGAACUGGACCCCACACCUGAACAUUGGACGGAUACCACUUGCUUAUUUACAAGCCUGACUCAGGGCCUGUAAUGGUCAAACUUAAAGUUCCAGCUUUCAAGAGUAUUUGUUUAGGAGUUCAGAUUACCUUGUCAAAUACUGUUCUAUUCUAUGUACUGGACAAGUGAAUGUUUCAUUUUUGCAGUACAGUUUUGAAGUCUUUAAUAAAACCUUGUCAGCUUUGUG